CGCUGCAUACUGAUUUUUUAUUUUUUUGGUUGGUCCGUUGGGGACCCAGGAGCUUGACUUGGCGAUCCUUGUGGUUCCACGAUUCUCUGAUUUACACAGUGGAUAAACACAAAACAGCGAGAUAAAGUCUUAAAACGAAUCCACAAACGUUCAGAACAGCCUCAAAUCAGCUCUGACAGUUGUUCUGGAAGGAGGUUUCAAACUCCCUGGACCGCUUUUGAAACGCGAUCGCGCCCCGAACCGCUGCGGCCUCGCCUCCCUCAGUGCUCCUUCAGUGCCCCCUCAGCCGCGGGGCUGCUGCCUCACAGCACUCGGGGCCGGGCGGGCCCUGUGGGCGCUGAGGGCCCUGCUCGGCAAGCGAUAGCCGGUGCUGAGCCAUCGUUUAUCCACGCCGUGUUUAUCUUCCGGAGCGGCUGGGGGGUGGCUUUCCGGGGUGGAGCGUGUGCCGGGACCGGCCCGGCUCCGGGCAGUGAGGGAGCGGCUGCAGCUUAGGGAGGUGGCGAGCCCAGCGGGCACCAUGAGCGUUUCACAGAACAAUGACACUAAAAGACAGUUUCUUCUAGAACGGUUACUGGAUGCAGUUAAACAGUGUCAAAUACGAUUUGGAGGAAGAAAAGAAAUUGCUUCAGAUUCUGAUAGCAGAGUCACUUGUUUGUGUGCUCAGUUUGAAGCUGUGUUACAGCACGGUCUGAGGAGGAGCCGAGGAUUAGCAUUAACAGCAGCAGCUAUCAAACAGGCAGCAGGUUUCUCCAGUAAAACUGAAACAGACCCAGUGUUUUGGUACUAUGUGAAAGAAGUUCUGAAUAAACACGAACUGCAACGCUUUUACUCUCUGAAGACAAUUACUACAGAUAUUGGCAGAGGCCGGGCUUGGUUGCGCUGUGCACUGAAUGAACAUUCCCUGGAAAGAUAUGUUCACAUGCUGCUUGCAGACAAGAAUCGACUUAGUGUCUUCUAUGAAGACUGGUCUUUUAUGAUGGAUGAAGAACGUUCUAGUAUGAUCCCUACAAUGGCAGCGGGUCUGAAUUCCAUUCUUUUUGCAAUCAACAUUGAUAAUAAGGAUUUAAAUGGACAGAGCAAAUGUACACCCACAGUCUCUGAUCUGUUAAAGGAAUCAACGCAAAAUGUAACCUCAUUAUUGAAAGAAUCCACUCAGGGUGUUAGCAGCCUUCUCAGAGAGAUAACUGCAUCCUCUGCUGUCUCCAUCCUAAUAAAACCUGAUCAAGACACUGACCCACUUCCUGUUCUUUCAAAGAAUGUAAAUGCUGAUUUGAAAUCUAAAAAGGAUCGCAAAAAGAAGAAGAGAGUGACAAAUAUAAUCUCAUUUGAUGAAGAGGAAGAUGAGCAAAAUGUGGGUGAUGCAACAAAACCUCUGGUUACAGGAGAAAGUUCAGAGGAGAAUUUAGAUAAAUCUUCAGUUUUUAUAUUACCCUCAUCUGAAACCAGUCUUGGAAAAAGUUUGAAUGGGAAUGAAAGUAACCAUUCAUGGAAAAGCAAUUCAGUGUUCAUGAAUGGAGAAUAUGAAUACCAGAAACUAGAUGUGAAGAGUAUUGAUGAUGAAGAUGCAGACGAAGAUGAGCUGUAUGGAAAAACACUAGGAAAUAAAGGCACAGAAAAUGAAACUGAACCUUCUGAAAAGCCUCAUGAAAUAGUCACAUGCAACUCUCAGAUAUGCAGUUGGAGUCCUCUGCAGGUCCUGAAUGAUGACUCAGAUGUUCUAUUUCCUGUCAGUGCUGUUGGUUCUUACUCCCAAACUGAUAACCUGGAGAAUGGAGAGAGGCAUGAAAGUGGUGUUCAUGCAGUAGAACUGAUUCCAAGAAGAUCUGAUCAUCCUUACAGAGUGGAAGUCAAUCCUGCAGCUCAAGUGAAUACUUUAAGCAAUAUGUUGCCUUCAGCCACUGUGCCAGAAUCCAUGACAAUUAAUGAACUUCGUCAAGCUAUUGUGGCCAUGAUGAACAGAAAGGAUGAACUGGAAGAACAGAAUAGGUCCCUGCGAAACCUCCUUGAUGGAGAGAUGGAGCAUUCUGCAGCACUGAGGCAGGAAAUGGACAACUGGAGAAGGAAAGUAGCAGAACAGGAAGAGCGGCACGCCACAAAAGUCCAAGCCUUGGCAAGAGAAAAUGAGGUGCUAAAAGUGCAACUUAAGAAGUAUGUUGGAGCUGUCCAGAUGCUCAGAAGAGAAGGUCAAACAGUGGAAGUUCUGCCAAACAUUUGGAGCACUGAUGGUGAAUUUGCUAUUCCAGACCAAAAGCAAGUAGAAAACAACGAGGAACUAGCCAGCUCUUAUGAAAGAAAAUUGAUUGAGGUGGCUGAAAUGCAUGGGGAACUGAUUGAGUUCAAUGAGAGGCUGCACCGUGCUCUGAUGGCUAAAGAAGCUCUUGUGUCCCAGAUGAGACAAGAACUAAUUGAUUUGAGAGGGCCGGUCCCUGGAGAUUUGAGUCAAACAUCUGAAGAUCAGAGCUUGUCAGACUUCGAAAUAUCAAAUCGUGCUCUUAUUAAUGUUUGGAUUCCCUCUGUCUUUCUGCGUGGAAAAGCUGCUAAUGCAUUCCAUGUUUAUCAGGUUUAUAUUAGAAUAAAGGAUGAUGAAUGGAAUGUGUAUCGAAGGUAUGCAGAAUUCAGAAGCUUACAUCAUAAGUUACAGAAUAAAUACCAGCAAGUAAGGACUUUUAAUUUUCCACCAAAAAAGGCCAUUGGAAACAAGGAUGCAAAAUUUGUAGAAGAGCGACGCAAACAGCUACAAAAUUACCUAAGGAACGUAAUGAACAAAAUUAUUCAAACUGUGCCAGAAUUCACAGCCAAUCCCAAAAAAGAGACUCUUAUUCAGCUGAUGCCCUUUUUUGUUGACAUUCCACCUUCUGGAGAACCAGUAAGCAAAAUCAGCCGCUCGAGAGUGACUACCCGCUUCCCUAAACUGUCUCGCAGCCAUCAAAGAGAGCCCCGAAGCCUGGAACCUCAGAGCGGUGAUCUUUGACCCUUUUUUGUAAUUGUGAAUGCUGGAACCAUGUACUUAAAGUUGUCCUGUGAUUCCUUCCUAGCUUAUAUUUAUAAUUUAAGCUCCUGAAGAGACUACAGCUGCAUCAACUUAAAUCCUGAAAAGAGACAUUCAUAACUAAGGGUCAUAUCCUGAUUAAAUACUUUGGAAGGCAGUAAUCACUUUCUCAAAAAGAAUACAAGAGCUCUUCACUGGGGCUCAGCAAACAGAUAGGCAUUUUAUUUGUUUUCUGAAGCUGCAUUGCACAUAUUCUCCUUUGUUCUUCUGAAGUUAUGUUCUUCUGAAUUCCUUGUUUGUAUUGUGUUGUCUCACUUUCUACAUGUACAUUUUUCUGGUCCAGACAUGGGUAUCGUGUCACCACAAUUUAUUUUCCUUAAAGAACAGUUAUAAUUAUUACUACUUUAUAUGUCAGAAAGAUGUGCUUAAAAGAACCUCACUAAUUUAUUACCUUUUGUAAAUAGAAAUACUUUUUUUAAUUAUUAUUGUAAACCUCUGAUAUACGCAAAGGUUUUAAAAAAAAAAAAACUUGACAAAGUAGGUGACAAGGGAAAAACAGUACAGGUGUAAAAAUAGCUUUUCUAUGUUUCUAGUUAGGUGUUCUCAAUAGCUUUCAUUUGUGGGAAGUAAUUCUUUAAAAUCAGAGAAUGUAAUAAUUUUUAGUGAAAUUUCAGUCUUGCUAUAAGGCUGGGUGCAAUAUUAUUAAUUUCUACAAACCACCACAAGUAUAUACAAAAUCAGCAUGAUACAAAAGUGUUUCCAAGUCUUGGGUUAUAUUUUGUUAUUAAUUUGUCACUGAUGCUACAGAACAGACCUUCAUCAUUAACUGGGCAGUAUGGAAUUCUUACUCUUUUUUUUUUUUUUUUUUAAAUCCUUCACAUAGUGAUAAUUAAGAAUUGCCUGUAAUGAAAGUGCCUGUUACCCAUCACCUCUCGCUGAACAGUAAUCUGUGAUGGUACUGCUGCAAGAGUGACUGAAAAAAAAAUGGCAAGAAUUAUUACAAGUGGUGGAAGUCCUGACAUGGAUUAACUGGAAUCCAGUUCAGCAUCCAUUAGCUGUACUGCCAUAGGCAGUUAAUUGUGUGUUUAGCUAUCUUCCUUUCUUCAUUAUGUUUAAGCAAUGCACAUCGAAAUUUUCUAUCAAUUGUAUUCUGGUUUUCAAUUGUGUAAGAACAUCUUUCUUCUCAGAAGUUUUUCUUUUGGAUAGCGUUAACUUAAGUUGGUGUAUCUUGUCAUUUUAUUAUCUGUUAAUUUUAUUAAAUUCUUCCAUCAGUAGAUCAUGAAAUCUAAUGUUACCCUCCAAGAGAAAAAAAAAGCCACCCCAACAACAACUGAUGAUUAAUAACAGACUCUUUACAUCAGUGCUCUAUCAAAGUUCUGGCAAACUGGAACUUCUGCUUUUCAGACCUGUGACCAUUGUGUAUUCUUUAGUCAAGCACGGUCCAGUCGUUUUGUGACACUUCUCGAGUAGGGAUUCAUUACAUACAGCGAGUAGUGUCUGUGGGCUGGUACAAAAUUCAGAAUCCAAAAGGGCAGCUUGGGAGCUAGCCAAUUUCUUUUUUUAUUAAAAGAUGAAUAAUUAUUGGUGUCUUGUGUAAACUAAAACAAGGCAUUUAUUGAAGAAGGAAGGAAAGUGGCUAUCUUGUCAGUUAACACCUCUCCAAACUCUUCAGUCUGAUACACUGCUGACAUGUUAAAGUUUGCCUUUGUUGGAAGGAAAAGUAGCUUUAAUGAUGGUCCCAAUUUGAAACAAUUUUAAAUUAACUUUUCAGAAAAUAGAGCCUUGUUUAGUAGAAAUAUGACGCACCUCUAUUAACACCGAAUUGCAAGUAAAUCUGAAAGAAAUCGUAGUGUGGUAUAUUUUGUGAUUUAUCUGUUUGUCAUGUGAGGCUUUUCAGGAAAUAACUCACAAAUUAAAGGAUUCCUUAUUCAGAAAGUUGCAAAUGGUAAGAAUUCUCAUUUAGCAUAGCCUAAAUUAAAUUUUCUUUUUUAGUUGCUUAGAAGAAAUUUUUCUUGUCGCUACAUUUGGCUCGUAAAAUUAUUUCAUUCCUCAUUAUCUUGUUUCUUGUAUUUUUUAAUGUAUGUAUGUAGAUCACACGAAAACAGUAAACUUGUUUACUGUGUACAAAUUGUUCUUUAUUAACUUUACCUGAAUUGUGUAUCAGCUCCUAAGAUUACAAUCUGCAGUGUUCGCUUUGUGAUACAAGAUGGGGUAGUGGGUGCAUUACUAAUCCAUUUAAAUACUCAUCUGUGGUUUCUCUAAAAUCUCAGAAGCUAAUUAAAUUAAGCCUUUCUUUACAAGUCAGCUUUCCCUAUUCACCUGGUUACUUGUGAAGUAAGGUGCUUGCAUGACUGCAAGGAGAUAGGUGUUGAUAUGAAUGCCCACAUUUUUAUCACCUCAGGACAUUCUAAAAUGCCCUGUCUUUCUGAGAAUUGUAAUUUUCUGUCACAAGUUCCACUUUUUCAUUUAUUUAUCAAAAUCAGGGAAGUCUGUUGAUGAAGGAUGACCAGCUGUUAUUAAGAAUCCUAGCAUAGAUAUAUUGCUUUUACAAAAUACCUGUAACUGUAGCAAUGAUUCUACCAAUUUGAGUGAUCAUACCACUUCCUCCUGUGUCACCUAAUGCCAUGCAUGUAAUUACCAUUUUCGUACAUCUCAUUUCUUUUUCUACUAGCUGAGAGCUCUUAAAUCCUUCUAUCCGCUCUAUGGCUUAUGCACAGUGAGUUGAUGGGUGCAGCCAGUUCUUGCUGGGUGCUUUGAACAUCUCCGUAAUCACAGAAUAGAGGACUCAGGCCAAUCUGGUCCCUGUUAUUCCUGCAAGCCUUGGACUACAGCAUGGUAUGAGGCAGCGUGGAGAAACUUGCAGUAUCAUUUCCAUUUCAAUUCUGUUUUAUCUUUAGACAUACUUGGAUUCUAGGGCUGGUCAUCUGGAUCCUUUAAUUACUAUUCAAAAUAAAUUGUGAAAAUAAAUGGCAUUACUUUUUAAUUUUAAUGCUCUUCUCUUAUCACAUGCAAAAUGAACAAUUUCCUAAGAAAUACAGGGCAGGCAAGACUUGCAUCUUUUGCAGAUGUGAUUGUCUAUCAGUAUUAUUAUUAAUUAAAUAAAUUUUAACUGUGUUUUUUGAGAACCUCAUUUAUUUAGAGAUUUUGUCAUUUGUUAUAGAGAAUGCAUUGUAUUGGCUUUGCUUUUGCAUUAAAUCAAGUUCCUCAGUAAUUAUAAUAAAUUUCCAAGGUUUAUAUGAGGCAGGAUAUUGGCAUAGUUAUAAAGGUUUAAAUUGAUAUGUCCAUUAAAUCACAUUUUAGGAAGAUCAGUAGUUUCAAAGCCAGUCUUUUUUUAUGGAAUAUAUUGUUGAUGUGAUAGUUGUAAUCAAAUUAUAUAUACUAUCUUACAGAACCUACCACAAGUCAUAAACCUUCGUGACUGGAUUAAUACAAGUAUUUAGAGAAAGGACGUAACGGUAUUAAAGAUAAUUGGUUCAAAAUUGUGACCCAUUGCUAAGGUACAUUUUUUUGUAUUACAAAAUGUUUUGUUGUAUAGAGCGGUAUCUGCAUGGUAGCUGUCAAAUUAAUUAAUAAGAACCUACUAAUAAAUGGGGUUGACUGACUCGGAGCAGCAAGCUAAUAAUAAAGGAGACGCAGUAAGCCCCACGUGAACUAUUGAUACUGUCUGUCAGGACAUAUUAAUGAUUUAAAAAAUGAUAUUUUGUUAACAGAAUCAGUUAUUAGUACUUUCAGACAUGGAUGUUGUUCUCUUUGCUUCAAAACAGGCAGGAAUCAUAGUUCUGCUAUAAAUUUUUUGCCAUUUCAAAGGUUCAUCCCACCCCCCUCCACACUUGUGGAGAAUUACAAGAAUAUCUUGUAAUUCUGAGGACAGAUAAUCUAUACCUGUGGAUAGAAAUACAGUUCCCUGCUUAUAAUUCCCAAGAGAAACCUGUGGAACAGCUGUUUAAAAGAAAGAGGAAGACUUUUUUUUUUCUUACAAACACAUUUUUCUCCUUGUAAACAAUAAUACUUCUGUAUUGGAGCUUAUGUCACUUCUAGAAAAGUGGUUAAACAACUCAAGAAAGUAAAGAAUUUUUCUCCUUCAAUUUCUGUAGGUUAGGAUAUUUCAGUCAACACCUUGUAUCACUACAUGGAAUAUUAAUUUGAUGAAUAUCUAGCCAUUUCAGUAGUUUCGUAGCAUUACAUAUUGAAAGAAUCACUUUGAUGUAUGAAAUUAUAUAUAUGAAAUAUAGAAAUAUCAGUUAACCUGCUUUAUGUUUCACAUACUGAAUGGAAGAUAAAAACUUCCUCUACACAGUGGUCUGAUACUGUACAUUUCAUUUAUUUCCUACUCUGCACUAACUGUACUUUUAUUUAUUCUGUCCAAUUAUAGAUAACAUAGAUAAUCAGAGCAUACUUCUAGUCAAUGAUAGUAGCUUACUUUUUGGUUAAUAAUAGCAUAGAAAACACCACUGAGAUGUUUAGAGAGGAAUGAAUUUCCUAUAUUUACAAAUUGCUGCAGAUACCAGGACUUUAAAAAUACCUUUUUUUUCCAUCUAAACAAAUGUAUUGCAAUUCCCUGUAGGAGGAAUCAGUUUGCUUAACAAGGCUUCAGAACUGCUGUCUGUGUCAUGACAGAAGUUAGACUGUGGUAGUUGGUUUCUUGAGAAAAGUGUUAACUAUUUAGGACACUAAAAAUUACAGAAAUGCAGAUUUGGUUGAAUAUCUAAUUCUGAAAAGGUGUAUUUUCUUUCUUCCUGGACACUGAGAUAAACAAUUAAGUUUCUUGUAUGUGGGACCAAACCUGCUGGCAAGUAAAGAAGCUGGAUUUCCCUUUUGAUUUGGGGAAUUUUUUCUUUUGUUCCUUUUAAACUGUAAGAAAGAUUGUAUUAAUUCUAAAACAUAUAUAUGUACAGUAUUCAUCUAAGUAUUAAUAAAUGGUUUGUAAUAUUAUUUUAACUUGUUAUGCUAAUGUUUACAUUAUAGAAUUUUUAAGCAAAUGUGUAUAUAUAAUUUUCUAAAUACUUUCUUGUAUUUUUUUUUAAAUAUCCUGUGGUAAUUUUGUUGUAUCUGGUUGAAAUAUGCUACUUUACAAGGGCAAAAAUAAAAAUUAACAUCUUUUCACAUUUGAAAUAGAGUAUGUUUACACCUUAUUUGGUCUUUUCAGCUGUCUCGUAAAUGAUUCUGUGAUUUGUUCAUUUUUUCAAUGAGUUUCUAGAAUGAUGUACAUCGGUGUCAGACUUUAAUUUGUUAAAUAGUCUUAUGUCGUAUUUAUUGACAGAAAUCUGG